UGGAAUCUUGAGGGAAGUGAACUAACCCUCUCAUAUCUAUUGAUGAUGUUUUUAUAUUUUUCCAGGACACGCCAUGGAGAAACCCUCAAAGGAUCGUCUCACUUUAUCUCCAGGUUGUAAAAUGGAAGAUGAGGACAUCACAGGAGAUUGUGGAGAAGAAAAGACAAUGAGCUCCACUAUGGAUGGAGGACUUCACAGUGUGGAGAGACCAUGGAAUCCCUCCGACUCUGAGCAACCUCGUACUGUGAGGGGUGGGGCCGGGAUUCAAGGAGAACAGAAAUGUUCCUAUCCUAAUUGUGGGAAAAGUUUUCACUCGGAAUUAGGACUUACUGAACAUCAGAGUUUGCACACGGGUGGAAAGCUUUUUUCCUGUCCUGUGUGUGGGAAAUUCUUUUCAAGGAAGUUCAAUCUUUCCCAACAUCAGAGGUUACACACGGGUGAGAAACCCUAUUCCUGCUCUGAGUGCGAGAAAUGUUUUUCACAGAAGGCCCAUCUUGGCAUACAUAUGAGAUAUCACACAGGUGAGAAGCCGUAUUCCUGCUCUGAGUGCGGGAAAUCUUUCGCAGAGAAGUCCAGUCUUUCCUUACAUCGGAGAACUCACACGGGCGAGAAGCCGUAUUCCUGCCCUGAGUGCGGGAAGCGUUUUACACAGAAACCGGAACUUGUAAGACAUAAAAGUUUUCACACAGGGGUGAAGCCGUAUUCUUGCUCUGAGUGCGGAAAAUGUUACAUACAGAAAUCAGAACUUGUAAGACAUCAGAGAUCUCACACGGGGGAGAAGCCGUAUUCUUGCACUGAAUGCGGGGAGUGUUUUUCACUGAAGUACCAUUUUGACGUCCAUCAAAGAUCUCACACAGGGGAACAGCCAUAUUCCUGCCCUGAGUGCGGAAAAUUUUAUACCUAUAAAACAGCACUUGUUAUACAUCAGAGAUCUCACACGGGGGAGAGGCCAUUUUCCUGCCUUGUGUGCGGAAAGUCUUAUACACGGAAAACAGAACUUGUUGUACAUCAGAGAUCUCACACAGGGGAGAGGCCGUUUUCCUGCCCUGAGUGUGGAAAAUGUUAUACACGAAAAAACGAUUUAGUUAAACAUCGGAGCUCUCACACCGGGGAGAAGCCGUAUUCCUGCCCCGAGUGCGGGAAAUGUUUUUUAAAGAAGUCCAAUCUUGCCAUACAUCAGAAGUCUCACACAGGAGAAAAGCCGCAUUCCUGCUCUGAGUGUGGAAAAUGUUACACACGCAAAUCAGUACUUGUUGUACAUCAAAGAUCUCACACGGGGGAUAAGCCGUAUGUCUGCCCUGAGUGCGGGAAAUGCUGUUCAAAAAAAUCAGACCUUAUUGUUUGGGGCAGCUGGAGAAAACCUUUUCGAGAAAAGAAAAGGUGA